CUGGGAGCCGCUCAGCCUCCGCCGGCUCCGAGCUGCCCGGGUGAUGCGAAGGAUGUUCGCGCGUCCCGCGCUCGCCUGCAGGAAAAACUGAGAAAUGUUGGUAUUAACCCUGGGCUAGGAGCUUCUGGUCUCUUCCUUCCCUUUGAGACCGCUUUACAAUUUCUACAUCUCUACCUCAUUCUGGAACCAGUUUAAGAUGCGUGCCUGGAAAGCAGUGGCUAGCACUCUCACCUUCAUAGGUGUGGACGUGACAUUGACCACGUUGCUGUACGAAUAUAAUCGCCAUAGCAGUAGCAUCCUGCAGGAUCUCAAGCGCUUCAACAUCUUUGAUUCCAUGCUGGACAUUUGGGGGUCUUGCUUAUAUCGGAGCUGCCUGCUCUUGGGGGCCUCCAUCGGGGUUGCCAAAAAUACCAGUUAUGGUCCAAAACGAUUGAAAGGGUCCCGGAUCUUUAUCGUCCUGGUCUGUCUGGCAGUUGGGAUUUAUGCCUUGGUCAAGUUGCUUCUUUACUCUGAAGUGAAAAAGACCAUCAAGGAUCCUUGGUUUUGGGCUCUGUUUGCUUGGACCUACGUCUCGCUGGUGGCCACCUUCUCCUUGUGGCAGCUGCUCUCUUCUGUGACACCGGCCAGGGAUACCUUAGGAAUUAAUUCUGAAUCCAGGGCUGAAGCGGAAGAAAUUGGAGACCCUAAUUCUCCUGGGGUUCGGGAAAAGGAGGAGGCACCAGCUGCCACCAUUUGUAAACUCUUGUCCUACACCAAACCAGAUGCUCACUUCCUCGUGGUGGCCUUUUUUUUCCUCUUACUUGCUGCUUUAGGAGAAACUUUCCUUCCCUACUACACUGGCCAGGCCAUUGAUGGAAUAGUCAUCCAGAAGAGCAUGGACCAGUUUUCCAGAGCAGUGGUGAUCAUGGCGCUUCUAGCCAUAGGAAGCUCAUUUGCCGCAGGUAUCCGGGGCGGCCUCUUCACCCUUGUGUUUGCUAGAUUGAACAUCCGGCUUCGCAACAGGCUGUUCCGGUCACUAGUUGUGCAGGAAAUGAGCUUCUUCGAUGAAAAUCUCACCGGCGACAUUAUUUCCCGACUAACAUCAGACACAACAAUCGUGAGUGAUCUGGUCUCCCAGAACAUCAACAUCUUUUUGCGCAACCUGGUCAAAGCCACAGGGGUCAUUGUUUUCAUGUUUAGCCUCUCAUGGCAGCUUUCCUUGGUGACCUUCAUGGGCUUCCCUAUAAUCAUGCUGAUGUCAGACCUUUAUGGGAAAUACUAUAAGAAGCUCUCUAAAGAAGUCCAGAAUGCUUUGGCCAAGGCGAACAACACCGCCGAAGAAACCAUCUCAGCUAUGAAGACAGUCCGAAGCUUCGCCAACGAGGAGGCAGAGGCUGAUGUCUAUUGGGACAAAUUGCAGCAAGUCUACAAACUCAACAAAAAGGAGGCUAUGGCUUAUAUGUACUACGUGUGGUCGAAUGGACUCACCCUUCUCGUCGUUCAAGUUAGCAUCCUGUACUACGGAGGUCACCUGGUGAUCACUGAGCAAAUGACUAGUGGAAACUUGAUCUCCUUCAUUAUUUAUGAAUUUGUCUUGGGAGACUGCAUGGAGUCGAUUGGUUCAGUUUACAGCGGCCUCAUGCAGGGUGUGGGAGCUGCUGAAAAGGUGUUUGAGUUCAUAGACCGUCAACCAACGAUGAUGAGCGAUGGGACUCUGGCCCCCAACCAACUGGAAGGAAGAGUGGAGUUUAAGAAUGUCAGUUUUGCUUACCACACCCGGCCUUCAUCCCAAGUCUUACAGGAUGUCUCCUUCACGCUCCAUCCUGGGAAAGUGACUGCUCUGGUGGGUCCUUCAGGCAGCGGGAAGAGCUCUUGUGUCAACAUCCUGGAGAAUUUCUACCCUCUCCAACAGGGGCAGGUUCUUCUGGAUGGGCAGCCUAUUGACAUGUAUCAGCACAAGUAUCUUCACUCAGUGAUCUCUCUGGUGAGCCAAGAGCCGGUACUGUUUGCUCGAUCUAUUGCAAAAAACAUAUCUUACGGUUUGGCCUCAGUCCCGUAUGAAUUAGUUGUUCAAGCUGCCCAAAACGCCAAUGCCCACACCUUUAUUAUGGAAUUGCAAGAUGCCUAUCACACAGAAGCAGGGGAAAAGGGAACUCAACUCUCCGGCGGUCAGAAGCAGAGAGUAGCUAUUGCAAGGGCUUUAAUCAGAAACCCACCAAUCCUGAUCUUAGACGAAGCCACAAGUGCCUUGGACGCAGAGAGCGAACACGCGAUCCAGAAAGCUAUUUAUGGGCAGGUCCAGAACCACACAGUGCUUGUCAUAGCCCAUAGACUGAGCACUGUGGAAAAGGCACACAAUAUCAUUGUCCUCGACAAGGGCCGUGUGGUACAACAAGGGACGCAUAAGCAGCUGAUGGAAGAAGGCGGCCUUUAUUACAAGCUAGUGCAAAGACAGAUUCUCGGCCAUGAAACAGGCACAGGGGACUGCUGUCCGAUGGAUGGUGGCUUGGCUGGCCUCCAGAGAGAUUCUCCCAAGACAAGAUUGGCAGAAGAGUUCCAGGUGUGACACCGUCCUGCUGUCAACCGAUCCUGGAAAUGAAUGUAACAAGGGUUCCCAUCAAAGCUCACCUGGAAGCUUUCACAGGGCUUCCCCAGUCUUCCGUAUCUGAUGGUGUCUAUUUACAAUCCUAAGCAGUUGUCCAACCUGAAUUAUUCCCAAGAGGUAGCACCCUGUAGAUCAGAAAGAAAACCAGAUUCAGUUCUCUUAACGGCCUAUGUGUUCUUCCUCCCAUUGAUACACCUGCAAACUUUGCUGUUAUGUAUAAAUGGGCAUGAUUUUUAGGUGCAUGCAUUGAAGAGAAGAAUAAAGAUCUGCGACAGAUCACCAAGGCGAGGGCUAUGGGCCAGGAAGGAAACACUUGCUUGGGAUUGGCACUGAAGCCAACUGGUUUACUUUGGGAUCACUCUGGUGCCUACAGAUUGCCUUUGUGCUUCCUUGAAAGUUGAAUUGGACCUAUAAAUAUGGUGCACUUUCCACAGGGAGCUUAGCUCAACUAGAAUUUGGUACCUCUGAUAUCUAGAUGUUGUAGCCAAGGCCAACGGUUCUGGGUAUCUCUGGGCAAAGUGUGCUACUCUACAUGCUGUGAUUGUCACACGCUGUGUAUGCAUGAAGGUUUUCUUUUAAAGCCAGCACUGUUUCAAUUGGGCAAGGGCUAUUUCCAGUUGCUUUCAGAUGCCACGUAGUAGCAGCAUCCCCGACGGCAUUGCAAUAGAACCUCCAGCCAUAACAGUAGAACAAGAGGAUUGCAUCUCUGGCCUGCAAUGUGUACUUUGAUGGUAAUAAAGGCUGAGAGAGAGCCUUGGUUAGGGGAAAUGGGCAGUUUUAUUGGGGAAACAAUUUGAAUAAUUUAAACAUUUAUUGCUCUUAUGGGUUGCACACACUCUGUGUUGGGCGCAUGAAUACCUCAACUAGUAAGACAGCUCUGUUUACAAACCAUUCAUUUCUCAAGAACAAAGAUUUGUUUUUCCUUCUUUUUUAUUUUAAUACCUAAAACCAGAUAUGUCAGUUUUAAAAUCAGCCCAUUUCGUCAGGGAACAUUUCCUGCAAUUUUUUAUUUUAAGAUAUAGAUUCUGCUAACAGUUCCAAAUAUUGAGGGUUAUAGUUGUUUUGUUUAAUUAGUUGAUCAUCAGGCAUAAGUUCUCUAAAUUAUUUUGAUGGAUUUGUUUUCACUCUAACAAACAAAGGAAAGCAAAAAAAAAAAAAAACCCUCCCAAACUUAGCUGCCUAAUUUGACUUAUUUUGAUCUUUUACAGUUGGAUAAAUGAUUAAAGUUCUCAGCCAAAUAUAUGCUUUAAAAAAACAAACCAAAACUUUGAAUUGAGAUCGAACAAUUACCCACAACCCUUGAUCUUAGUAAUUUUAAAGGCCAAGAAGCAAUUUUAAAAUGGUAGUUUGUUCUGUCUUUGUAGCCUUUCCAGUUAUACUUGGUUGUAAAAUGACUCAAGCACUUUAGCACAUUUUAAUUAUUUUCUGGUACUUUGAUGCUUCUAUGUUUGGGCAGAUUUUUGUUGUUAGCAAUGUUUUAAAAAAGAAGCAUAUAGUAUUUUAGCAA